CAGUUCGGCCGCAGACACUAAACAGAGUUCUUCGCGUACGGAGGUUCAUUUUGAACGCGGUUCGGAAUAAUGCUGAUUACUUUGACCCUGGUCUUUUUGGCGCUGGGACUGCUGUACGCCACUCUGAUAUGGAACUACGGUCACUGGCGAAAGCGAGGGGUGCCGGGUCCCAAGCCCAAGAUCUUGUGCGGAAACUACCCCAACAUGUUCACGGCAAAGCGACAUGUCAGCUACGAUUUGGACGACAUAUACAGGAAGUACAAGAACAAGUACGAUGUUGUGGGCAUUUUUAGUGGUCGAGCUCCUCAGCUUUUGGUGGUCAGCCCCGAAAUGGCUCGUCGGGUAUUUGUGACCAAUUUCAAGAACUUCCACGACAACGAAUUCUCGAAGUACUUUGAUGAGAAAUCUGACUUUAUUUUUGCCAAUAAUCCGUUCUCGCUGACUGGUGAAAAGUGGAAAAAUAGGCGGGCCGAUGUGACACCCGGUUUAACAAUGGGACGGAUAAAGACGGUCUACCCGGUUACAAACAAGGUGUGCCAGCAGCUAAGCGAGUGGGUGGAAAAGCAAAUACGUGUGGGUUCUCCAGAGGGCAUCGAUGCCAAGCAUAUGAGUCUUUGCUUUACAACGGAAAUGGUUACCGAUUGCGUUUUGGGCCUGGGCGCUCAGAGCUUCACGGAUAAACCCACACCGAUUGUGGAGAACAUCAAGGACCUCUUUAACCAGCCCUGGACUUUCAUGUUGUUCUUUGUAGUGAUCAGCGCCUUUCCAUCGCUGAGUCACCUGAUUAAAAUGCGCUUCGUACCGAAAAAAGUGGAGCGUUUCUUCGUCGAUCUGAUGGGAAGUGCCGUCGCAGCUCGCCGCGCUCAAUUGGCAAAUGGAAAGCAGUUCGAGCGAACGGACUUCCUGGAUUACAUUCUGCAGCUGGGGGAAAAGCGAUCCCUGGACAACCGUCAGUUGCUGGCCUACUCCAUGACCUUCCUGCUGGAUGGAUUCGAAACGACGGCCACGGUUUUGGCCCACACCCUGCUCAAUCUGGGUCGAAAUAGUCAGGCCCAGGAGCUUCUGCGGCGGGAGAUACGCGACCAUCUGCAGGAUGGCAUCAUCGCCUUCGAUAAGCUCAACGAGUUGCCUUACCUAGAUGCUUGUAUCCAGGAAACCAUUCGCCUUUAUCCGCCGGGCUUUAUUGCCAACAAACUCUGCACCGAAUCGAUUGAGAUUCCCAACAAGGAUGGCCCCAACGUUGUCGUGGAGAAGGGCACCGUUGUGGUGGUUCCCCAUUAUUCCUUCAUGGCAGACGAGGACUUUUUCCCUGAACCACAGUCCUUUAAACCGGAACGCUUCCUGGAGCCCGACGCGGCGAAAACCUUUAAGGAACGUGGUGUCUUCAUGGGUUUCGGAGAUGGACCGCGUGUGUGCAUUGGAAUGCGAUUUGCCACAGCACAGAUAAAGGCAGCCCUCGUGGAGCUGAUCUCAAAGUUCAAUGUCAAGAUCAAUGCCAAAACCCGCAAAGACAACGAGUUUGACCCCAUCAAUAUCGUAACUGGCCUGCGUGGGGGCAUCUGGUUGGACUUUGAAAAGCUGUAGAGAUCCAAAUUCUCUAUCGCAGACCUCCGAGCGACGAAAUCAACACUUCAAUCAACGAGGCAGUACCCCAGUACACCACAAUAUAAUACAUUAUACAUGCUUCUGUGCGCUAGUUAAGCUGGCAAAUGCUUUAAAUUUGCCAUUGUUUUUUCUGUACAUAUUUCUAUUUUUAUUAAAUGUUAUGUUUAAUCAA